AUGUAUCGCGAGCUUUAUCAAAGCUUAUACAAUGCACAUGCUAUUGCUCCUUUUCACUUGAAACCACUGCAGCCCCCAUAUCCCAAAUGGUAUGACGUAAACGCCAGAUGCGAAUACCAUGCUGGAAUACUGGGGCAUUCGAUCGAAAACUGUACGGGUUUUAAGAAAGCUGUAGAGAGGCUUAUUAAGAUGGGGGUAGUGAAGUUCGACAAUACCCCUAAUACUGAAAAUCCGUUGCCAAAUCAUAGGGAUCAAGGAGUGAAUGCCAUUGACGAAGCCAGUGAGAGGAGAAUGAAGGAAGAUGUUGCUGAGGUGAGGAUACUUAUGAAGGUGAUUUGGGAGGAGAUGAUGAAGAGAUGUAUGUUAACCUCUAAAAAUAAAAGAAGAGAAACAAGGAACUAUGGUGAGUUCCAUGAGAAAGAAGGACAUGAAGUUCAGGUUUGCAAAAAAUUCAAGGCCUUGGUACAAGGCUUUAUAGACAACAAAGAAAUACAAAUUUUUGAAGGUAGCUCUUGUGAAAAACCAGUAUGUGUGCUGGAGGAUGAACAGAAAGGAACUAGCUGGCCAAGGAUUAUUAUUUCCCUACUGGGGAAUAAUGAAAUGAGGGCACAAACAGUGCCUAAGGUCAUUAUCCAUAAGCCUACGUUUUUUUCUUAUAAGGAUAGCAAGAGGGUAUCAUGGAGUUAUGAUUGCAGUAUGACAGUGCCGGAGGAGGAGAGUAUAGCCAGUACGUCUAAGGAUGUACAAGUUGAGGGUUUCCAUACACGUAGUGGGAAGCGGUAUGAUACGAUGGGCGUCAGAGAGGAGCCCACAAAAACAAAGAAUGUUAAUACGGAGAAGGAGAAAGAGGAAGAAGUACCUGUCAAGGAGUCAUUGCGUAGGCAGCCGGCUCGCAUAUCAGUAUUGGCCCUACUUCUAAGUUUUGAGGUACAUCGGGAUGCAUUAAUGAUGGUGCUCAAUGAAACAUAUGUCACCCAUGACAUAGCUGUUAACAAGCUGGACCGAUUGGUGAAUAACAUAAGUACGGAUAAUUUUAUCUACUUUAAUGAUGAUAAAAUCCCACCAGGGGGCAGGGGGUCAACUAAGGCCUUGCACAUCACCACUCGAUGCAAGGGGUACACACUCCCAAGCGUGCUCGUCGAUAAUGGAUCGGCCUUGAAUGUUCUACCAUUGCCUACAUUAAACAGAUUACCCAUUGACAAUUCUCACAUGAAGACAUGUCAAAAUAUGGUAAGAGCCUUCGACGGUACAGAAAGGAAGGUGAUGGGAAGGAUUGACAUCCCCUUGGAAAUUGGGCUGAGUAUAUAUGAAGUAGACUUCUUGGUGAUGGAUAUCAAGCCUUCCUACAAUUGCUUAUUAGGGAGGCCAUAG